CGGACUGCGAUUACACUUGGUCGCAGUUUGGUGUUGUGUUUUGGCGUGUCAGAUAGGUUUCUUGGCACUCAAGCCAUUGAAACCUCCACAUUGUCUUAAUACUCCUUCACUGCCAAGGUGAAAUGUGAUAGCAAGAGUAGACCGAGGAAGAGCACUUAAAAGAAUUUCAUGAUAGGUGAUAAUUUGAAAGGGAGAAGCGAGGUUUUAGGCAAAUGCUAGUGGCCAUUGUUUGUAAGGAAGAUUCUUAGUCGAAACCAUAGAACCUUCGGUUUUAAGGUGAGAUGUAGGACCUCAUGAUGUGUUUGACACCACCCAAAAAUCCUUUUACCCAUGUACAAGACAAUCGCCAGUCAUUCGAACCCAUGUCUAAGACCUGUGGACAAGCUAGUGAUGACAACCAUUCUGUGAACUCUAGCAUUUAGAGGUUGCCGCCAUGGUGUUGAGACGAUAAGGCCGAGUGUUGAUGAUUGUGCACAUUCUUUGCACCAAAUGGUCCCGACCCCACUGGUCAAGAGAGUGAGUGAUUCAUUCUUGUUUUGCAUGUCAUAGCAUAACCCGGUGAGGACCUUCGUUUCCAUCCGUUUGUUCCUUGGACUUGAACUCUAUGCAUGGUUAGUUGUGGUUGAUUAGUGAACUUUUUGAAACUUGCAUUGAUUCAUGAACAAGGUGAGAACUUUUCAUUUGCCCGUUGAAGUCGGCUGCAAGUGCUUCGUCUGCGAAUUGUUUUUCGGUUAAAUUAUCUAGUUGGGAUCUUUGGCAUCGUCGUUUGGGUCAUCCCCACUCGGCCAGACUUUUGGAUAUGUUUAAAACUAAAUUACUGUCUGGUUCAGUUUCUGCGGUUGAUUCUCGGUAUUGUGUUCAUUGUAUUGCGGCCAAGUUAUCACAACAUUCUUUCAGUCCGAGUACUACGAAAUAUUCAGCUCCUUUUGAUUUAGUUCAUACAGAUUUAUGGGGGCCUGCCCCAGUGACUUCUCGUGUGGGUUUUCGCUAUUUUGCGCUAUUUGUAGAUCAUGUUACGCGUUACACCUGGGUAUAUUUUCUUCGACAAAAAUCUGAUUUGCUUGGUGCAGCGAAGAAGUUUUUCUAGAUGGUACAGACACAGUUCGGACGAACGGUUAAAAUAUUAAGGUCUGAUCCUGGCGGUGAAUUUACUUCUGGUCCGCUUCAGGAAGUCUUUCGCGAUAGGGGCAUUCUUCCUCAGCAGUCAUGUCCAGGAGUAUCGCAGCAGAAUGGCCUGGUUGAGAGGAAGCACCGUCACGUUUUAGAUCUGGCUCGGGCACUUCUCAUUCAAUCUAGUGUGCCGACUUCGUUCUGGGUUGAGUUCAUUCAUACGGUUAUUUAUUUGAUUAAUAGACAACCCACUUCAGUUCUUGCUCACCAGAGUCCCUAUCAGGCAUUAUAGCAGCGUCUUCCUGAUUAUGAUCGGUUACGGAUGUUCGGUUGUGUAUGUUAUGUGCUUCUUCCCCGGCGUGAGCGUACUAAACUUGAACCUAAAGCGAUCAAAUGUGCUUUUCUUGGCUAUAGUGAGAAGCAUAAGGGCUACAUUUGUUAUGACUCCGUUAACCGUCGAGUUCGAAUCUCCUGUGAUGUAGUAUUUCUCGAGCAUCUUUCUUAUUAUUCUUCUUCCCAAAAUGAUGAGCACAUGGCAAUGGACCUCUUUCAGCCAAUGGUAGAAUUUCCAGAAGUUCCUUUACCUGUGCAACCGCCGCUUGAACCACCUUCCCCGCCGCCGAGUUCGUCUGCAAGUUCUCCUAUCUCAUUGUCGGCCUCGUCGAGUUCCAGUUCCUCAGUAGCCUCGUCUCCACAGUCCUCACAGUCCUCUAGUGACUCGGAUUCUGCUUCUACCGAUCCUUCUCCCCCAGUUUUGCGCCGCUCGGAUCGAGCUACUCGGGGGCAACCUCCUUUACGGCUUAAUGAUUUUGUCACUUUUGCUACUACACAUGUGUCGGUUCCAGCUUCAUAUAAACAGGCACAUGGGCAAGCUUGUUGGGAUGAGGCAAUGAAUGUUGAAUUUGCCGCAUUAGAAGCUAAUCAUACCUGGGAUGUCGUUCCUCGUCCUCCUGAUUGUUCUGUUAUCGGCUGUAGAUGGGUGUAUGCAAUCAAAGUUCAUCCUGAUGGAACCAUUGAGAGGUAUCGAGCUCGGUUGGUGGCUCAAGGUUUUAAGCAAGAAUUUGGCAUCGAUUAUGACGAGACCUUUGCCCCAGUGGCGAAGAUGCAGACUGUUCGUACAUUACUCGCUGUUGCGGCUAUGCGGGGGUGGAGCUUGAUCCAACUUGAUGUCAAGAAUGCUUUUUUACAUGGGGAUCUGAAGGAGACAAUUUAUAUGGAGUGUCCUCCUGGGUAUUUGAAAUGGGAUAAGUCUAAAGUUUGUCUUUUACGGCGUUCUCUGUAUGGUCUAAAGCAAGCUCCUCGGGCCUGGUUCGAGAAGUUUCAUGCUACUAUUCACCGUAUUGGAUUUCAGCAGAGUAGUAAUGAUCCUUCUCUCUUUACACGACGGACUGCGAAAGGUCUGACGGUUCUAUUGCUCUAUGUUGAUGACAUGGUCAUUAGUGGGGAUGAUGAGGAAGGUAUACAGUUGUUGACUAGUGAGCUGCGUUCUGCAUUUAAUCUUAAGGAGUUGGGUGAUCUAUCUUAUUUUCUUGGGCUUGAAGUGCAUCGGUCCAAGGCUGGUUUGAUGGUAUGCCAAGAAAAAUACAUUGUUGAUUUACUAGAGACUGCUCAUAUGGAGGAUUGCCAUCCUUGUACCACACCCAUGGAGCAAAACCUCAAACUUAGGAAAACUGAUGGAGACUUACUUCCUGAUGGCUCGUUUUACAGAAGCAUGGUGGGGAGUCUAAUUUAUUUGACGCAUACACGUCCUGAUAUUUUGUAUGUAGUGCAGGUUGUGAGUCAAUUUAUGCAGGCGACAAGAACUACUCAUCUAGCGGCUGUUAAUAGGAUCCUUCGGUACUUGCGUGGUACGCAGAAGGUUGGAUUAUUCUUUCCCGCUUCAGGUGCGUUGACUAUAGAGGCAUUUGCAGAUGCAGACUAUGCAAGUUGCUUGGAUACUCGACGUUCUACAUCCGGGUGGUGUGUGAAGGUAGGCCACUCCUUCAUUUCGUGGCGAUGUAAGAAGCAGGAACGAGUAUCUAAGUCGUCAACGGAAGCUGAAUAUCGUUCGAUGUCAGAAGUCACUUCGGAACUUGUCUGGCUUCGACGGUUGUUGUUGGAUCUUGGAGUGGAGUGUCCUACUCCUAUGCGGCUGUAUGGUGACAACACUAGUGCUAUCCGGAUUGCCACUAAUCCCGUCCUUCACGAUCGCACGAAACAUAUUGAGGUUCAUGUGCACUACAUUCGUCAGUUGGUUUCUGAAGGCAUAGUGGCAUUGUCGUAUGUAACUUCGGAGGAACAAACUGCAGACCUGUUGACUAAAGCAGUUGGUACGGCUCGUCAUUGGUUUCUGGCGCACAAAUUGAUGUUGCGUCAGCUUCAUCAAUUUGAGGGAGGCUGUUAGAAGUCUGGGUAUUAGAUUGUAAUUAACCUAGAGCAUGUUUAUUGGUUAAUUACAGUCUGCAUACCUAGGGUUUAUAGGCGGCUGUAUAUAAGUGUUGUUUUAGCCGCAUGUAACUUUCAAGAACUCCAGUUUACGUAAUUCCAUUGUUUUUGACAAUUUUACCUUUGUCUAAAUUUCGAGGUUCUUAAUCUGCUUCUAUUACUCUUUAUACCCACAACCCAACUUGGAUGUUGGAUGGGUUUUCUAGUUGUGGCGUAGAAACACAAAAGCUCAUUCGAUUGACAGAGCUGUCAUUCCCAGAAGUAAAUCACCAGAACUCAUAUCCCGAAGAAGAACUGGUGAAACUGCAAGGAAUAGUUAUAUAAAAGGCAACUUAGCGGGUACAAAUGAGGAACUCCAAGAAGAUGCAGAAAUUGAGUAAACUUGGAUGCAACUCAUUCGUAUCUUUAACCAGGAUUUGUCCUGAUGUUUAUGUUAGUAACAAAGCAAGAAAGCAAGAAAAUUGAAAAUGCAGCAAAUUAACAUAGAACAUCCUA